UCCCCCACACAAAGCCGUGUUCUCUCAUCUCAUCUCUCUAUAAAUUCUGUCUUCACGCCUUUUUUUUCCAGAGUCCUCGAUUCCCGAGUUUCAAUCUCAAAAUCUACAACCAAAUCUGGGUCAAAAUCCUCCAACACAGAGAUCGAAGAAGAGCAUAAUGUGUUUCUGGUUUAUAUGCGACGUUAAAGAGAAGGAGCUGGGCAGACAAGAAGCUCCCGGAUCCUGCCCUUACUGUGCCGGCAAAGUUUUCGCCUUGGACGUUGAGCGUCAAUGCAGGUUUUGUUUCUUGCCCUUCUGCUACAAAAUCAAGAGAGAAUACUUGUGCAAUUUAUGCUCCCGCCGCUUAGAGUUAUAUCAUUAGGUAGUUUCUGGCGGUAGAAUCGGGAAAUUCUGUUAGUUUCUCUUGUAUUCUUCGUUUAUUUAUGAAUUUCCUUUUUCCUUUUUCA